AUGUCAAAACUUGAGAGGCUUCCCAAGGCGAAACAAGAAAUGAUCAAAUUUAUGGACGCAUCAAUGUUCACACUGACUUUCUGUAUAUUCCCAAGACAGACUUCGCUUUGCAAAUUGCCCGUCGCCCGGCGCAAGCUUAGGAAGCCAAAAAAUUGCGCUUCUAAGAAUAAAAACAUUCAUGAUUCAUAUGACGAGGCGACAGCAAUUACGAAAAGUGAGGUAAUACACAAGAUAAAGUCAGACCAGAACUGCCCCGUAACCAAUGAUAAGAGCCCAUAUCAACCCCAUGGAGCUUGUGUAGACCAAAAUCUCUCACAUCAACAUCGUAACUCACUGUCACAACCAAUGCAAAAAAUUGUCGCAACUGUCUCAAGCUCCAAAGAUCUACGAUCGGGCCAUAUUCGAAUUAAGGCUCGCUUAGACCAAAUAUCUCCGAAAUAUAGUCCUUAUCCAUCACUAGAUACAGGGAAACGCCCUCCCCGACGCUCAUCUACAUCACCAACGGCUACUAAAAUAGAAGAUUCUUCGACAAGCAAGGAUUUUCUUCUUGCGCAAUCCUCACCAACUUUAGGCAAAACCUUUGCUCCAGAUUGUCUCCAGAAAAUCCCUAAAUGGAGACCUCCUAUCCCUGAACGGUCCAGCUCCCGCGCCUUCCAGCCGUCGUCUCGUCGUCAUUCCACCUUAUCACGCGCUUCCUGUUCCCGAUUAACCUCAACCCCUGAAACACUUACUAAAGACAGUGGAAAUUUGAUUCGUCGGCAUUCAAGCAAAUCUUAUAUCUCGGCAAGUACCAUAUCAUUGCACCACAGAGUUUCUCUCGCCUGUGGAAAGAAUCCUAGCGUUGAAUGUAGUGACCAAGCAACUUGCUACAUCUUUGAUUUUCCAAAACCUCCAUCCCAGAACUUGAGCUCAAUCUCUAAUAGACUUAUUAGUAAGUUGCCACCAAAAAAGAGCUUAUAUUUUCAGGCCCUUGUCCGGCGAAACGAAGAAAAGAUUGAUCCAAUCUGGACCAUUUUGUUACAGGGCGCCACGAGGGAGAAAUGUGUACGAGAACUUUGUGUUGUCAUCGGACGCAUGUAUUUUAUCGGCAACCCGACAGCCGAUCGCAUGCUGAAAGGGGACAUGAAGCAAUGGAAUGUGCAGAAAGCAGUGGUUGUGCUGAAUGAAUAUUUAUUGAUUGGUGGCCAGGCCUUAAGUGACUUAGUCCGAUUCUUGAGGACUAGACUAAAAAUUGAUUCCGUAUUAGGAGGUUGGAUGCCGUUGGCGGGACCGUCGCAGGGAGCUGCAGGACCAAACCACGGGUGA